AUGACGCGAAAGCGACGGAGAUCAGGAAAGACCGCGCGCAGGUCCAACGCCGCCGGCCUAACGGCGCUUGCGCUCUGCUUCACCAGGCAACUACAACUACAAGCGCCCGCCGCCGUCGUCGCGGGGGAGCCGGCGGGCGGCCCUAGCACCGCCGCCGGCAACCUCGUCUUCUCGCCGGUGGUGACGCGCUCGGCGGAGACUCCGGCGACGACCUCGCUGCGUUCGCCUGCCGCGCCGCGGAGCGCGCACUCGCGGACCGCCGGAGAAGGCGGUUGGCGAGAUCAACGGCUGUUUGGCGGCGGCGACCAACAAUCACAAUCUCACAUCGACUCGAUCCUUGAUCCAAGCUCAGUGGACACACUCACAACCCUCGUGCUCUGCAGCGCCAUCUACUUCAAGGGCAGAUGGGAGGCGCCGUUCGCCAAGGUGCACACGGUGGUGGACAAGUUCUACCGCCUCGACGGCAGCACCGCCGACGUGCCCUUCAUGUGCUCGGUGCGGAGCCAGUUCAUCGCCGUCCGCAGCGGGUACAAGGUGCUCAAGCUCCCAUACAGAUCGCCGGCACCGGCGCCAGCACCACGACGUAAGGGGUCAACAACAUCAGAGAGCAAGCCCGGCCCCGGCGACGGCGAUGACGACCCCGCCCCGAAAGACUCCAUGUGCAUCUUCCUGCCGGACGAGCACGACGGGCUCCCAGGUCUCGUCGAGAAGAUCGCCUCCGGCCCCGGGUUCUGGCACUACCGCCUGCCGACCUUGCAGGUCCCCGUCGGGGCCUUCCGGCUGCCGAGGUUCAAGCUGUCCGUCUCCAGCAGCGUGAGGCAGGUCCUGAGACACGGCAUGGGGAUCGAGUCCGUUUUCGUUGCUGGUGAAGCUGACCUGGCCGACAUGGCGGCCAAGCGCGACGAGGACGACGCCGCUGGCACGCCGCUGUACGUUGCGGACGUCUGCUAUAAGGCGGUGCUGGAGGUGAACGAGGGAGGCACCGUUGCCAAUGGUGCCACCACCAGCUAUAUGCUCUGUGGGGCAAGUGCGGUGAUGAAUCAGCCGGUGAAGGUGGAUUUCGUUGCUGACCACCCGUUUAUGUUCUUUGUGAUCGAGGAGGUGUCUCGUGCUAUCGUCUUUGUUGGCCGCGUCCUCGACCCUUCAAUUUCAGGGUGA